GAUUACUCCUCUUUACUGUAGCAAGCGGCUGCUCGUGGCGAAAAAGAGGUGAAAGACUAGACUGAAAUCUUGAAUGGAAGAAACAUGUAUCAUCCUGUAUUUAGACCAUCUUCUCUGACUUGUUUCCAGCGAGGGUUUCACAGGGUUGUCUUCAAGCCCAGGACCAGCUGUUCCCAUCACCUUCAUGUAUCGUUGCCAUAUUGUAAUCCGAGAGGUCAAUCUCUGCACAUCCAUGUUCAUUCAUCAUCGUCAUCUCUGAACUCUCAAAGGAAUGUAUCAAGAAACAAUGAACUAGCAACCGGGAUAAAGACAAAUCAACCGUUCAAUCAGCAUCUAAAUCAUUUACAAGCGGUUCAGUUCUCUUCCUACUCGUCUUCGCCUGGAUCUUCAGCAACGUUUUUGCAACCUUCGGGUGUUGCUUCAACAAGGCAGCAGGUUCGUCACUCGUCAACCGAGCCCACAACUGCCUAUGAGGCACUGCUGAACUCCCAACCCGUCCAUUUUGCAGAGGGUGUCUUCCAGUACGUCCACUCAUUAACUGGUUUAUCUUGGUGGGCCACUAUCGUCGUCACAACAUUUGCGCUGCGCUUUUCUUUGACCCUUCCUCUCGCAAUCUACUCCCAGAACAUCCGCGUAAGGGUUGAGAACCUACAGCCAGAGGUUAUUGCUCUGGCAAAGAGGGCUUUUGUAGACAGACUUUCGGCCAGGGCAAAAAACGAGAAGUGGUCUGAGAAGAGGGCUCAACGUGCCUUUGUAGGACUAGUCAGACGAUACUCCAAAGAGCUCUAUGUCAGGGACAACUGUCACCCUGCUAAAGGUUCCAUACUGUUCUUGGUCCAGCUCCCCAUGUGGAUCUUCCUCUCCUUAGCUCUACGCAACAUGACAGGGGCCUUGUCGGAAAGGAUGUAUGUUGACCCAACAAGCAUAGUGCCUGACCUAGCAACAGGAGGGGUUCUUUGGUUCCCUAGUCUCGUCGCACCAGACCCGACCUUUAUCUUGCCAGUCCUCGUGGGUUUACUCAAUCUUAGUAACAUCGAGAUGCAUGCCCUGCAUAGGGGCAGAGUCACGAGAGUUCAGCGAUAUGUGAACAACACCCUCAGGACGGUUUCCGUGGCGAUGAUCCCCAUUGCUGCCUACAUGCCUUCUGCAAUGGCCCUCUACUGGUCAGUAUCGGCAUUCUACGGCCUGGGACAGAACAUCCUGCUGAAGAUUCCAUCGGCCAGACGCGCUCUGGGGAUGCGCUCUUCACAGAGUGACACCGACACUCCCUUCAAGGACAUGAGAGAUGAGUUUCUGGUGAGGUACCUAUCAAAGGAAAGAGGGAAGGGCAAAAAGGAUGAGCUUUUGGAGGAAAUACAGGACGGAGAGAAGGUGCAAUCAAAGAAGACAAAGUUAUGAUGAAGUUGUCAUGGUGAACAUUACCGGGCAUGGUGGCUCAGUGGUAGAGCGCCCGUCUCAUGAACGGGAAGUCAUGGGUUUGCUCCCUGGCCAAGUCAUACCAAAGACUUCAAAAAGGGGACCUUUUGCCUUCUUGUCAGGCAUUUGACAUAUGAGAAUGGAGAAGGCCAGAAGGGUAAUGAUAUCAUGUUAUGUUAUGCUGGGCCUGCCUGAAGAACAGUUUAUAGCUACAGUGGCUAUCCUUGAUAGAAAAGAGUUACUGUUAUUAUCAUGUGGAUAUUAUAAUAAUAAUAAUAGCUAUUUUUUAUAUAGAGCUUUUCCCAUAAUGGCCCAAAGCGCUUUACAGCAUAUUAUUACCCCGGUCAUCGGAUCCUUGCAUGCCCGCAUACAAUAUGCACCUUCUCCACUCCCUGGGGAGCAUUCCAACAAGAGUUCCAAGACUCAAUUGCUAUAGGCAUACGACAUAGGCUUCCGCAUCCUACCGGGUACCCAUUUAGCACCUGGGUUGAGAGUGGCAAAGUGUGGAUUAACGCCUUGCCAAAGGAACCUAGACCGCAGUGGGAUUCGAACACACGACCCUCUCUUUUCAAGGCGAGAGUCAGAACUACUACACCACAUCAAAGUGAUCCUGAAAUUACUCAUUUUUAAGCCAUUAUACAGAGACAAUAUUUAUGAAAGAUUCACUAAAAUGUACUUUCAUAUUCCUGGUAUGCAGGUAAGUAUACUUUGUAAAAUACUUGUGGUUUCAACUAAAUCCUUCCCCAAGUUUUACCGUGAAAAUGAAAGAAGUGCACCUCUACUGGCCAGUAAUUAAAUUAGAAAGCCAUAUUUAAUAUCAGGAUGUAUUGCGCUGCCUUUCAGGAAAAUCAUGGGGACUUUUAAAAGCAUUAUUGUCAGAGAUAUGCAUCUUUUGUUUUUUAUUUACCAAGAAAUGUUUUCAAAUUGAAAGCAAUCAGUUAUUAAUAGAUAUAAUGUUUAUCAGUUUACACAUCACGGGUCAAAGUGUAUUUUGGUCAGAAAUGAAUAGCUGAGGUUGAUAUUGAACUAGGAAUGUUUAAUGUGGUAGGAAUUGAAACUAGACUUCUUCUGAUGAGUAAAACAGCCCUGGUAAAUCAAUUAAUAACAUGUGAAAGUGACUUUCAUGUUAAUAGGGUGAAAGGGGCGAGGGAGGGGUCUGGGUAGCCUAACAGGGCAAUUAUAUCCCCCCCCCCCAUAACUGUGCAAGGUCCUUUUUGUGCAAUCUUUGUUAAGUAGACAUAGAUGCGUUGAUGAGACAUUAGUUUCAAUAAAUAGGGAAUAUAAAUCAUCUGGUCACAUUAGAACUGUGACUUCAAAAUGACUUUGAAAUUCUAGCUAAAAUGUGCAUUAUUGGUACAUUUACAGGAUAACACUCCCUUGCACAGCUGUCAGCAAAAGAUCAAUCUCAAUAUACAAAUGAUGAAUGUUCUUUUCAUUCGUGCAAUGCACAAAUACUUUAUAAUAAUUAUACUUGCUUAUAUAGUGCUUAAUA